AUGGGGUAUGCAGCCCCUUGGAGUUACACGUGGGCACCCUUUGGCGGUCCUCUCUGGAUGGGACGUCCCCCUCCAGCUGCCCUAGUGCCUUCCGUCUGGCCUCGGAGCAUCUCCAGCUUUGAUCCCCCAGUAGGAAGCCAGCGCCUGGCCACCAUGGCCUCCAGUGUAUUUCCUUACCCCAUGGGACCCCCACCCCCGUACUCCUCAGUCCCUCCAGCUCUGAGCAGGGACUCCUGUGGCCACUAUACCCAGAGAAGCUUCUCACUUGAAGAGAUGCCAAGCCCUUCCAUCAGAAUGGGCCUCCACUCCACGGUCAGCCUCUGGGCACCUGCACUGUCCCCCGGCCCAGAACUGUGCCCUCUGCCCCCUUCCCCCAGCGCAGACCCUCAGCCUGAUCCCGGCUGUCCUCGCUCCCCUCGGCCACCCUGCAGAGCCUGCCACCAUCUCUUCCAGUGCUAA